AUGACUGAAAAAACCAAUGGUGUGAAGAGCUCUCCAGCCAAUAACCACAACCACCAUGCACCUCCUGCCGUCAAGGCAAAUGGCAAAGAUGACCCCCGGACAGGCAGCAGGCCACAGUCUGCAGCUGACGAUGACACCUCAUCAGAACUUCAGAGGCUGGCAGAGAUGGAUACCCCUCGAAGGGGGAGGGGUGGCUUUCGAAGGAUUGUCCGUCUAGUGGGGGUCAUCAGAGAGUGGGCCAACAAGAACUUCCGUGAAGAGGAACCUCGGCCAGACUCAUUUCUCGAGCGUUUUCGUGGGCCUGAACUCCAAACCGUGACAACCCAGCAGGGAGAUGGCAAAGGCGAAAAGGAUGGCGAUGGAAAGGGCACUAAGAAGAAAUUUGAGCUGUUUGUCUUGGAUCCAGCUGGAGACUGGUACUACCGCUGGCUGCUUGUCAUCGCUAUACCGGUCCUGUACAACUGGUGCCUGCUGGUGGCCAGAGCCUGCUUCAGUGACCUACAAAGAAGCUACUUUGUGGUGUGGCUGGUGUUGGACUAUUUUUCCGAUGUGGUUUAUAUUGCCGACCUCUUCAUCCGAUUACGCACAGGUUUCCUAGAGCAAGGACUGUUGGUUAAAGAUCCCAAGAAACUUCGAGACAACUACAUCCACACAUUGCAGUUCAAGCUGGAUGUGGCAUCCAUCAUCCCUACUGACCUGAUUUAUUUUGCCGUGGGCAUCCACAGCCCUGAGGUGCGCUUCAACCGCCUGCUACACUUUGCCCGCAUGUUUGAGUUUUUUGACCGCACUGAGACUCGCACCAGCUACCCCAACAUCUUUCGAAUUAGCAACCUGGUCCUCUAUAUUUUGGUCAUCAUUCACUGGAAUGCUUGCAUCUAUUAUGCCAUCUCCAAGUCCAUUGGCUUUGGGGUUGACACCUGGGUUUAUCCCAACAUCACUGACCCUGAGUAUGGCUACCUGGCAAGGGAAUACAUCUACUGCCUUUACUGGUCCACACUGACCCUCACUACCAUCGGGGAGACACCACCCCCUGUAAAGGAUGAGGAAUACCUCUUUGUCAUCUUUGACUUCCUGAUUGGAGUCCUCAUCUUCGCUACCAUCGUUGGAAAUGUGGGCUCCAUGAUCUCCAACAUGAAUGCCACCCGGGCAGAGUUCCAGGCCAAGAUUGAUGCAGUCAAACACUACAUGCACUUCCGUAAGGUCAGUAAGGAGAUGGAGGCCAAGGUCAUUAAGUGGUUUGAUUACCUGUGGACCAAUAAGAAAUCAGUGGAUGAGCGGGAAGUUCUCAAGAACCUGCCCGCCAAGCUCAGAGCUGAGAUUGCCAUCAAUGUCCACCUGUCCACACUGAAGAAAGUGCGGAUCUUCCAGGAUUGUGAGGCAGGUCUGCUGGUGGAGCUCGUACUGAAGCUUCGUCCUCAGGUCUUUAGCCCUGGAGAUUACAUUUGCCGCAAGGGGGACAUUGGCAAGGAGAUGUACAUCAUCAAGGAGGGCAAGUUAGCAGUCGUGGCCGAUGACGGUGUGACCCAGUAUGCCUUGCUGUCGGCUGGGAGCUGCUUUGGAGAAAUCAGUAUCCUUAACAUUAAAGGGAGCAAAAUGGGGAAUCGACGCACAGCCAAUAUCCGUAGCCUGGGUUACUCAGAUCUCUUCUGCUUGUCCAAGGAUGAUCUCAUGGAGGCUGUGACGGAGUACCCGGAUGCUAAGAAGGUCUUAGAGGAGAGGGGUCGGGAGAUCCUCAUGAAAGAAGGACUGCUGGAUGAGAAUGAGGUGGCCGCCACCAUGGAGGUGGAUGUGCAGGAGAAGCUGGAGCAGUUGGAGACCAACAUGGAGACCCUGUACACUCGCUUUGGGCGCCUGCUGGCUGAGUACACGGGAGCCCAGCAAAAGCUCAAGCAACGCAUCACGAUUCUGGAGGUGAAGAUGAAAGAAAACCACGAGGACGACUACCUGUCAGACGGCAUGAACAGCCCAGAGCCUGCUGCUGAUGAGCAGCCCUAA